AUGAAGAAGAAAACAGAGGAAGUUGUCAUCGAUGGAUGUCCCAGAAAACCUCCUAGAUCCAGAAAGAGGAAAAGCUCAUAUGACAAUAACGACACCUGCAAUGGAAAAUCUGUAAAGGGGAUGAGCGUUGAUAAUCACAUAGUAGAUGGUGCAGAGGAUCCUAAAACAACCAAAACCAGAAAAACGAGAAAACUAAGAUCAUCAACUCAAACCAUCAAAAAACCUUCCAACACGAAAACUCAAGCAUGUGUACCAGUAAGAACAAUUUUUAGCAGAAUCUUUGAUGGUGUUAACAACAUAAAUACAAGCUGUGGAAGGGCUACGAGUUUGAAACGCGUCGAUAUUAAUGGUUCCCCAUUGUUUACAAAACCGACUUUCCAAGGAUGUGAUCAGCCUCAACCGGAAUUCGCAGAGGUUAGAUCCAAGAAUCCACGAAAGCCGUGUGUCCAAGCUGAAACUAAGAAACAACCAAACUCGACAAAAGGAACCAGAGGGAGGAAAGUGAAAACAAAGGAACCAUUAAAACUUGAAUAUAAUGAUGAGGGUGAUAUGACAUAUCGUUGCACUCACUGUGAUGCUAAGUUUUGGUAUGGUGAACGUAUCAACAAGAAGAAGAGGUCACGCAAUCCAGUCUUCACGCUUUGCUGUAUGCAGGGACAAGUAACGUUGCCGUUGCUAAAGGAUCCUCCUCCUGAAAUUAAAAAUUUGAUUUAUGGAGAUGAUGAAUUAAGCCGACAUUAUCAGAAGCACAUCAGGCCUUACAGCAUGCUUUUUUCCUUUACUUCAAUGGGUGGAAGAGUUGAUCAUUCUGUAAAAAAAGGGAGGGGUCCACAAAUGUUUCAGUUGCACGGAGAGAAUUACCAUUUAAUGGGCAGCAUGAUUCCACAACCUGGAGAUUAUGCAAAAUUCUAUCAGAUGUAUAUUGUUGACAUGGAGAAUGAGAUCGAAAAUAGACUCACUUUCCUCAGCAAGGCUAAAAAUGCUAAAGAAUCAACUAAGAAGAACCGACUACGGAAGGAAAUCAUUGAAUUGUUCGUCAAGGUCUUAGAUGAGCACAACCCGUACGUGAAGACAUUUCGGUCUGCAAGAGAGAGAUUCAACACUGACCCUGAGCACAGUUUUCACAUGAGGAUUAUAAGUGAUCGUGUUACUGAUGGAAGAACUUACAACACUCCUACGGCUUCUGAGGUUGCUGCAAUCAUUCCCGGAGAUUUCAAUUUUGACAUGGGGAAGAACCGUGAUAUAAUCCUACAAAAACAAUCCGGAAAGCUGAGGCGUAUUAGCGAGAUUCAUCCGUCGUAUAUCCCACUACAAUAUCCUACGUGUUUUGUUUAUGGAGAAGAUGGUUUCAGGCUUGGAAUUAAGAAAGCAGAUUCAGUUUACGGGAAAAAAAAUAAGAAGGAAAACAUCUCUGUUAGACAGUUUUUUGCUUUCCGUCUAUUUGAAAGAACAAAAGAGUCUAACCAUCUCUUACACUCGAGGAGGCUGUUUCAGCAGUACUUGGUCGAUACCUACACCAUGAUUGAGACUAACAGGCUUACCUAUCUGCGGAUGAACCAGACAAGCUUGAGAUCAGACAGUUAUGACUCAAUCAAACAAGCUGAAGACGCAGGUGUCAUUGAAAUGGAGGAACAAGGUAAUAAGUUUUACUUGCCUGCGUCUUUCACUGGAGGACCAAGGUAUAUGAGGGAGUUAUAUUUCGAUGCGAUGGCGAUAUGCAGACAUUAUGGUUUCCCGGAUUUGUUCAUCACAUUUACAUGCAAUCCUAAAUGGCCAGAACUAACCCGAGAGCUUGAUGGUACAAAUCUGAAACCUACGGAUAGAGCUGAACUCAUCUGCAGGCUGUAUCAUAUAAAACUAGCGUCACUCAUGGAAGACUUGACGGAUAAUGGACUCCUAGGCCAAACAGUUGCGUCAAUGUAUACAAUAGAAUUUCAAAAACGAGGACUGCCACAUGCUCACAUUCUUCUGUUUAUGCAUCAGAAGUGCAAGUUUCCAACUACGGAUGAUAUCGAUAAGAUUAUAUCAGCAGAGAUACCAGAUAAGGUGGAGGAGCCAGAACUAUAUGAAGUUGUGAAGGAUAUGAUGAUUCACGGUCCUUGCGGUAAUGUGAACAUAAACUCACCAUGUAUGGAAAAUGGAAAAUGUCAAAAGCUAUUCCCGAAAGCUCAUGCAGAGAGAACCAAGAUAAGCAAAGAUGGCUUCCCAAUAUACAGGAGACGGGACCAGCCAGGUGUGUUUAUCGAGAAGAAUGGUUUCAAGUGUGACAACCGAUACGUGAUUCCAUAUAACAGAGCUCUGUCCAUCCGUUACAAAGCUCACAUCAAUGUAGAAUGGUGUAACCAGUCAGCUGCUAUUAAAUACUUAUUUAAGUAUAUCAACAAGGGAUCAGAUCGUGUUGCUGUCGUUGUUGAGUCAGCUGAGCAGGCCACACUUGGUGAAGAAGCACGGCAGAAAAAGAAAAAUGGGAGAUCUACUAAUGGAGAUAAGCAGACUGAAGAUAGUUCUGAGUCCACUGAGAAGGUUGAGCAGGUUAACGAGAUGACUUCCGGUGCUACAGAAGCUGUAUGGAGAACACUGGGGUUUAAAAUACAUCAUAGAUCUGUGUCUGUGGUUAAACUCACUUUUCACUUAGAAGGGAAACAGUUGGUUAUCUUCAAAGGGAAGGACAAGCUGGAAAGGGUUGUUACACGAAAACUGAUCGAGAAGACUAUGAUGUUGGCUUGGUUUCAGCUGAAUUUGGAAAACGAGUUUGCUAGAACGCUAACCUAUGUUCAGAUUCCAAAUUUCUUUGUAUAUAUUGCUAGCCAGAAACGUUGGAAAGAAAGGGAGACAGGUUUUGCAAUUGGCAGAAUCAACUAUGCCCCAAGGAAGAUUGAAGAUGCUUAUUAUUGUCGAGUGUUGUUAAAUGUUGUCCGUGGUCCCACAUGUUUUGACGACAUCAAGACAUACAAUGGAGUGCUAUAUCCGAGCAACAAGGAUGCGUGCUAUGCCAGGGGUUUGUUAGAGGAUGACCAAGAGUACAUUGAUGACAUUCUCAGGAGAAGCUUCACGACUUCUGCAGCUCAACUUCGGCAGUUAUUCGUCACCAUGCUUAAUUCCGACAGUUUAACUUCUCCAGAGCUGAAAAGGAGUUACAACCAAAAGAGUGAAGACUGUCCAGACGGCUCUAUCGAGAAUCAGCGCCCAACCGCGCAGUCCGGCUGGCCGAGGAACGAAUGUUCCGCGCUCGGCCAAAUCUCGUCCGUCCGUCUGAAGUCUCGGCCAAAGUCCAAAACCGUCGGCCGAUCACGCAAUCACGACCCGGGAAACAUCCCGCGGUCGGCCACGCCACGCCACGACCGCGCACGACCAAACGCGAGCCGGGAAACGCCUCGCGGCCGCGCAACUCUCCGCGUACCACGGCCGAUGCGCCGUCCGAGCCGGGAAAACGUCCCGCGUCCGGCCGAGAUUUCAUCGGCCAAAUUCAUCCCUCCGACCACAGCCGGCCGACCACGAUCCGUCCGACCCCGACCGUUCCGACUCGGCCACAUACCCGAUUGUCCGGCCGAUCGUCCCGCACGACCGUCCCAACGCCGCGGUCGACCCGAAGCCCUUUUUGAAGCCCAAACUUAUGUUUUCAAGCCCGGCUUAACCCUAAGCCGCCUCUAG